AUGAAAUCAAUUUUCUCCGUUGUUUUCAGCGCCCUGGCACUUCGAGUGGAUGCUGCACCAGCCUUGGCUGAUGAGUCUCGAUUUACAGUGUACGAGAUGCCAACGCCAUUGGCUGGCCCGUGUGAUCUUACAACAGGCCCCGACGGCGCGAUCUGGGUAUCGUACAUGCUCGACAACAAAUUGGCUCGCAUAGAUCCAGACACUGGUAACAUAGACGAGUAUGAGAUACCGUGGACGCUACCGGAACUUAAUGUCACACUGCCAAAUAUCCUUGGCCGAACUGUGUUGGCCUGUGUGGUUCAGCCUGGUGCCGACGGGCAUCUCUAUGCUGCCAAUGGCGUGCGCAACCAGCUCGUCAAGAUGAAUGUCACCACAAAGCACAUUGAGGUUAUCACACCUCCUAAUUUCAACCCUCUUGGCAAUCUGCAGCCGUUCAACGAUCUAUACACCGGGCCUCAUGGCAUGUACUUCACACAGACAACCAACAAUGUCAUCUCAUACUACGAAUACGCCACGGGUAACUUCAAGACUUACACAGUGCCGACUGCGCUGUCGGCACCGCUAGGUAUCUACUACGGAUCCGACGACAAGGUGUACUUUCUCGAACUACUCGGCCAAAAAGUCGGACGCCUUGACCCAGCUACAGAAACUAUUGAAGAAUUCCCGUUGCCACUGAACCUGUUCGGACCCGGUGUCGUGCGUGCCGAGACAGAAGGCAAAUACGUAUGGUUUACGUCAGUCAUUGGAAACGCCAUUGGCCGUAUUGAUAUGCGCACAGGCGAAUUAAAGGCUUUUCCAGACGACAUCCCCCUCGCCCUGCCUGCUGAAGACACCGUUGACGGUGAUGGCAAUGUGUGGUAUUCCACCUUCAACCAAAACUUGCUGAACCGGAUCGAUAAGAAUACUGGCAAGGUGACGCAUAUCAAAAUGCCCGGCACCCUAAUUCCAGCACCACUAAGUAUCCCAUACAAUUUUGACGUCGCGAUGCACUAUGGCCCGGGUAAUUCCAUGUGGUUCACAAAUGACUUGGUAAAUCGUGUUGGACGUUAUCAGCUGUAAACUAUCCCGUUGUUGAGCUACCAGUAAAUAAAGACCAUAUCAUAAUGUAUUUUAGAUAAUUGAAAACUUCGGUCUAUUACCAGUAAUCACUUGACGGCCACGCGCAAGCCCCGACAGCCUCGGAACCUUUGAGGUUGGCGCUGUUCGCUCAGGACCCAAUCAGCAGAACGCAAGUGAGCUUUGUUGCAUUUUCAAACGUUCGGAACCCUACCCUCAGUGGUACGCCGCUGAUGAAGACCAAUUUUUUGCUUCUACUGUUCGAAAACUACGCGACCGCUGUGAUCCGGUGGCGAUCAACAAGGGCCGCCCGAGAGACACCCUCUGGGCAAUAUCCACAACACUAGGGACGGUAAUUGUUGUGGAUAUUGACUUGUACACUUGCAUUCAUAUAGUUGCCGUCUAAAUGGAUCUUCUGUCAUAAAA